CCGCGGCUUUCGCUACAUUCGAUCCCCCUCAAGACCCGUCAUCCUCCAGUUGCAGCGCGUGGACGGUAUCUGUUGAGAUCUGAGUUGACCGCUGUACUCUCAAUUCCCCCGAGAUGGAUGAUAUCGAGGAACGGCUGCGAAGCCAUGCUCAGGCCUUCAAUGGUCUGUUGUCGUUGAUUCCUGCAAAGUACUAUUACGGAGAGGAUGGCAGUGACCAAUGGCAACGCAAGAAGCAGACCAAAGAGGAAGCCCGCGAGGCCAAGCGAGCCAAAUUGGACCCGGAAUCUGCCAAAACUGCAAAGGACGUGAUGGACGAGAACGCUCGGAAACGUAAGCGGGAAGAAGAACAGAACGAGUCUGGCUCGUCUGAUGCCGAAGAGCUGGGCUCGGAAGUCCCCAAAGAGGGGCUCAGCAGAGGCGACGCCAACUCCAAGAAGCAAAAGCAGACCGAAAAUUCGGAGCGCUCGGAUAAAUCCUCAGCAAAGUCUAAUGAGGAUGCCGAGGCCCGCAAGAAGCUGAAGGAAGAGAAGUUGGCACAGAAGAAGGCGAACCAGAAGGAGAAGAAGAAAGCCAAGGAGACUGCGAAGAAGGAAAAGCAAGCCGAGCAGCAGAAGAAGGACACUAAGACUCCUGCGGCCGAGGCCGUGCAAAAACCUGAGCAACCCGCCGCCCAGGAUUCGGACGAUGACGUUGACGGAGAGGAAGCCGCCGAGGGGCUUUCGCUCGAGUUCAACCCGGAACAGACAGAGCAGUCCGUUUCGUCAUCGCCAAACUCCCCAGCCUUCGACACGUCGAAUCCCCAAUCGGGUAGCUCUUCUAUAUCUUCCAUCGUUCCCCCUUCCGACCCUAAUGAUGCUUCCAAAACCUCAUCCACCGAACUCAAGCCGCUUAAGCCCACACCCGAAGAACUCAAGCAACGGUUACAGAAACGUCUCGAUGAGCUCCGUGCCAAGCGCCACGCAGACGGUCUCAAUGGCAAGCCCGCUCGCAACCGCCAAGAGCUGAUCGAAGCGCGGCGACAAAAAGCCGAGCAGCGCAAAGCUCAUAAGAAGGAGCUGCGACAGAAGGCCAGGGAAGAGGAGCAGCUGGCGAAGGACGAAGCCAUGGCUCGUCGCUUCUCCCCCGGCGGCUCGGGGUCACUCCUCGCCUCGCCGCGCUCGCCCGCCGACUCCGUCAGCUCGAACAACAACUUCGCCUUCGGCCGCGUUGUCUUCGCCGAUGGUAACACCGCCGACCCCACUCUGUCGAAUGCGCGGGAAGCCCACAAGCGCAGCGGCCCUCAAGACCCCGCCGCAGCCCUCAAGGCAGCCGAGGCCAAGAAGGCUCGCCUGGCGGGACUCGACGAGGAGAAGCGGACCGACCUCGAAGAGAAAGACACGUGGCUCAACGCCAAGAAGCGUGCUCACGGCGAGCGUGUUCGCGACGACACCUCCCUGCUCAAGAAGGCCCUCAAGCGCAAGGAGUCCGCAAAGAAGAAGUCCGAGCGCGAGUGGAAAGACCGCCUUGAAGCCGUCAAGCGCGGCAAGGACGUGAAGCAGCAGAAGCGCGAAGACAACCUGCGCAAGAGACGCGAGGAGAAGGGCGGCGGCGGCAAGAACAAGAAACCCGCCGGAGGCAAGAAGAAGGCCAGACCCGGAUUCGAGGGGAGGGUUGGCGGCAAGAAGAAAUAAAAGAAGCACCGAAGGACCUUCUUAGGGGAAGCUUUGUAAUAUGCAGUUGCUGUACGUAUCUAGAAGGAUGGCGAUCCUCUUCUCAUGGCGUUUCCUCGACCGAUAUACCAAGAUGGAUUAACCGCAGGGAGACCAAAAGCCAAAAAAACACACGCGUCAAAAGGCAAAACCAAAAAUUGUGGAGUGACGGAGCUGCAGGAGAUCUGGUGUUCAGGUUCUAUUGGGGGGUC